AUGAAGCUUUCCCUCUCUCCUAUUAUGCUUGCGAUCAGCGUAGCCUUGGCGGCUCCAGCAAACUUCAAGAGAGCCAAUACCCUCGAAAUUACCAAUCUCUACGCCAACACCGCUUCCGUUGGGGACAGCGCCUAUAUCGACUUCUUCUUAAAAGAUGCCCAGUAUCCCCGCGACACACCAACCGAAUGCAACGUCAUCUGGCAAUACGGAGAGCAGCCUCCUCUGAACGCGCGAUGCCAGAACGGCGCGUACUACAUCAAGUUCCCCGAGGGUCCUGUCAACUUUGAUCACUUCACCCUAGCCCUACAGCGCGUCAAUGGCACUAUUCCUGAAAAGGGCCAGGCGGUGCUCGACUCCAAUGCGAAUGGGAAUGCUCCUGCCAGCAAGUGGUCUUGUCGCAAAAAUGCCAGAGAGGGUGUGAACCUCGCUUGUUCAUAUGACGGUACCUUGAGAAUCAAUGUGUAG